AUGGAAACUCCCUCAGAACAUUUAGAAGUAGAAUUCCAUAAUAGGGACCUCCAAAGAGAAAACUUACUAAACACAGAAAGAAAACUGAGAUGUGAAAUAGGAGAGAAACUAGGCGUCGCUCUCAAUCACAGGAAGGAACUGGAAAGCUUGCUGGAGGAGGCAGAAGAGAAGAGGAGAGGGAAAAUUUACACUUGCAGCAAAGGUUCAGGAAAAGACAAGGAAGUAGAGACGCUGAGGAAAGAUGAGGAGGACCAUCAAGAACAAAUGAAGGAGAUGGAGGACAAACUGCAAAAUCUCUCCAAGGAGAGAAACAGUCUGAUCGGAGCAGUCGAAAAACAGUCGAGGGAAUGCCACCUUUUAAUUGCAGAAAAGGAGAAAGAGAAGAAUGAAAUUAGACUGUAUUAUCAGGAGAGAUUGGAUCAGAAGGACAGCGAAAUGAAGAAGCUGCAGGAAGAAUGUGAUAAAUUGAAAGAAAAUUGGAGGAUACAGGAAGACAAUAUGAUCAGGGAACACCAACGUCUCAUGGAGCGUCAAAGAAGACAGGAAGAGGCUCUGAGGGAUCAAGAUAAAUACAUGUUAAUGACGCUUCUCCAUGGCACAGCUCAGAGGAACUUCCAUCUGCAACACAUUGCACUGCAGCAUGGAAUUGAACAGGAGCGGCAGGAUGGAGGGCAAGAAGAAGACCUGUGGAUGAGAAGGGAGAAACAAUACAGGAAAUACUGCGAUGCCCAGAGUGACAGGAGCAACUACGGGAAGCAGUGGGAGGUCCUUACUCAGACGUUGACGGACCUCAUUCAUGAAGAAGAAGGAAUCCCGCAAACAACGAACGGGGAUUCUAACAAGAACUGUGAAAUUUCCGAUGGAAACCCAGAUGACAAAAUGUGUCAUCAAAGCAAUGACAAGAUAGAGCCCCAAAGAGCCGAUACUGAUGAAGAAAAUGUGGGUUGA